CUGACGCUGGCGAUAUUUCUUAGGGUUUUCUAUGGAUGCUCGUUAUUAUCAGAGGAACGCAUGACCAAAUCAAAAGAGAAACAUUAGUUAUUGUACUGAACGUGGAGCUGUAUAUUCAUUCCUGUGGCUGAUAGGAGGUCACAUUAUUUUAAGCGGAGUUGAUACUAAAACCGAAUUUGAUUGGUGUAUCAGCAGAGAUGUCAUUCCCUCCUCACCUGAACCAGAUAGCCCAGUUACCCCCUGGCAUUUCCCCCACACAGUUUGCUGGGUUUCCCGCCACUGUCCCUACAGCAAGUCCAAUAAUCCCAGUCCCUGUAGGAAUGAUGACUCCCUCUCCAGCGAUGAUGGUGAGGGGGUGGGGGCCAAUGGUUUUGGUUCAAACUGCAGUGCCAGUGGUUCAGAAGUUGACUAAGGAGACCAUUGCCACCCGUAACAAGGACCAAGAAGAAGGUACAGGAACCAGCACAGGGCCGACCACCACAGUGUUUGUGGGAAACAUCUCAGAGAAGGCCUCCGAUAUGUUGGUGCGGCAGUUGUUGGCGAAAUGUGGUUUAGUCCUCAGCUGGAAAAGAGUUCAGGGGGCUUCUGGAAAACUGCAAGCAUUUGGUUUCUGUGAGUACAAAGAGCCAGAGUCCACGCUGAGAGCUCUCCGACUGCUUCAUGAGCUGCAAGUGGGUGAUAAGAAGUUACUUGUGAAGGUGGAUGCAAAGACCAAAGCUCAGCUGGAGACCUGGAAGGCCAGUCAGAGGAGACGAAACGGGGCUACUCAGUCUGGAGAAGAGCCUAAAGACGAAGAGGAAGAAGAGGUUCUGGACGAGGAGACGAAGCGGCGUGAUCAGAUGGUGAAGGGUGCCAUAGACAGUCUGAUCCGGGAAUACUCCAGUGAGCUCUCAGCUUCUUCACAGGAUGCUGAAGCCCAUCAACGCAAGAAACGUAAAGAGAAGAAGGAGGAUGAUAUAAAUGCCAUGGAGCUGGAGGAUGACAAGCGAGACCUGAUUUCCAGAGAGAUUAGCAAAUUCAGAGACACACACAAGAAACUAGAGGAGGAGAAGGAGAGAGAAAAACAGCAGAUUGAGAAAGAGAGGAAAGAAAGAGAUAAAGAGAGGGAGCGAGAGAAAGAGCGACGUGAACGAGAGAGAGAGAAGGAGCGGGAGAGAGAGCGACAGAAGGAGAGAGAAAAGGAGCGAGAGAGAGAGCGAGACCGUGAACGUGAAAGAACAAAGGAGAAAGAGCGGGAGAAAGAGAGAAGUCGUGAUCGCAGUAAAGACAGAAGCAGAUCAAGGGAGAAGAGUCGAGAAGAGAAGAAAAGGGAGCGAGAGGAAGAUGAGGAGGAGGCGUACGAACGACGGAGGUUGGAGAGGAAGCUACGUGAAAAGGAGGCAGCCUAUCAGGAGCGCCUGAAGAACUGGGAGAUCAGAGAGAGGAAAAAAGCAAGGGAUUACAGUAAAGAAACAGAGAGAGAGGAGGAAAGACACAGAGAGAUGACUAAAGAAGCCAAGCGUCUGAAAGAGUUCCUAGAGGAUUAUGAUGAUGACAGAGAUGAUCCUAAAUACUACAGGGGCAGUGCAUUGCAGAAGCGAUUGAGAGAUAGGGAGAAAGAGCUGGAAUUAGAUGAGAGAGAUCGAAAAAGAGAGAAAGAUGAGUUAGAGGAGAUCAGACAGAGACUCCUAGCAGAAGGACACCCAGAUCCUGAUGCUGAACUUCAGAGGAUAGAGCAAGAGGCUGAGAAGCAGCGGCAGCCUCCUCUAAAGCAAGAGCAGAGUGAGGAGGUGCUGGACGUCUCCCGUGAGGAGCAUCAGAGAAAAGGAGAUGUGGAGAAGGAGGCGUACUCCUCAGACAAUAACAUCACUGACCAAGAGGAAGAUGAAGAGGAUGAUGAUGAUGACCGAGAGGCCAAGCCAUGCCUGAAGCCCACACUUAGACCUGUUACUACGGCACCCUCUGUCUCUUCAGCCAGUGGGAAUGCCACACCCCUCUCACCCAGCAGCGAAUCACCUUGCGGCAUCAUCGCUCCGCAUGAGAACUCUUCACAUGAGGCCCCGCCCACAGAGGAGAUCAGGCCUAAAAUAGGCCUCAGUCUCAAACUAGGUUCUGCAGGAAGUCCUAAAAUGCCGCAGGCAGUAAGACGAAAGGCUCUUGCUGUGGUGGACAGUGUCUUUAAUAAGUUUGAUGAUGAGGAGACAGAGGAAGCGCCCAAGAAGAGGAAGCUGGUACCUCUCGAUUACAGUGAGGAUGAGAGGGGAGGCCUUAGCCUGGAUGGAGCAGAGGUCACGGGGUCACGGCCUGGUGUAAACACAGAAGAGAAACGAAAACAUAUCAAGAGUCUGAUUGAGAAAAUUCCCACAGUCAAACAAGAGCUGUUUAAUUAUCCACUGGACUGGAACAUGGUGGACACGACAUUGAUGGACAGGAGGAUCCGCCCCUGGAUCAAUAAGAAAAUCAUAGAAUACAUUGGAGAGGAGGAAGCCACACUAGUCGACUUUGUCUGUUCUAAGGUCAUGGCUCACAGCACACCAGAGGGAAUUCUGGAUGAUGUUGCCAUGGUACUGGAUGAAGAAGCGGAAGUGUUUAUAGUGAAAAUGUGGAGACUUCUCAUCUACGAAACAGAAGCCAAGAAAAUCGGCCUGGUAAAAUAACAUGAACUGAGAGAGAGAAACAAGCAGGAGAGAGGGUGAAGUUAACCUGGCUUCUUCUGCUUUUAGAGCCUUUAAAUUAAAGUAUGGUGGAUGAACACCACAGACUGAUGCACUUCAACUCUUCCUAUAUACUCCAGAGGAUUAACUGCACAGCUACUGGUGUGUGUGUGUGUGUGUGUGUGUGUGUGCGCGUGUGUACACUGGUAUGAGGUUGUGUGUGUGUGUGUGUGUGUGUGUGUGUGUGUGUGUGUGUGUGUGUGUGUGUGUGUAUGUGUAUGUAUGUGUGUAUAUAACAGGCAUGUGCCAGUUGGUCUGAAUGCAUUGCCAAAACUGUGUAAAAGUUAAAAGCUUAUUUCAUGCCCAGAUUAAACAGGGAAUCUAGUUUGGCUGGCUGUUUUCCAUUUGACUUAGUUGUAGGUUUUAUUUAAUUCUCUCAAGUCUCAAUUUUAGCACAGCCAAGUUCAAUCACGUUAUUUUCCUCUUUUAUUAUUUGCGUGAACUCAGUUGGUUUUUACUGUCUACCUGCCUCAUUACAGAAAAAUAUGAUGAUUUUUUUGUGUGUGUGUGUGUGUGUGCUGUAUCAACAAAAAGUAAUGUUUAAAUAGGGAUUAAAUAUCUCAUUGUAAACAAGCUGAAUGAAGCCAUACCUGUGGAGAUGUGGGAUUUUCUCCGAGUUUGUCUGGUUUUGCAGCAGUGGUUUUGAAUGUGGUGUAUUUUGCACAUACCAGCCCAUUUGAAGGUUUGUUUCCAUGGUGAUUGCUUUGACUUUGAAAUAUUAAAAUGUUUGAUUUUCUAGACUGGAACCAGUCAGUACUUUUUGCUA